AUGCUUCGAAUAUCUUUAGUCGUUUUAUUUGUUGUGGUUGUUAACGCAAAUGAGUUCUUGUCUCUGCGAUCAAGAGGAACAACUUUGAAACCCAUUUCAACGUGCUGCGAUAUUCCAGAGUUAGGUGACGCUAAACCGUUAUCUGACUGUUCUAAUCCAAGACAAUCUGGGCCGUGCAACGACGUCCAAUGUGUAUUUGAAAAGUCUGGUUUUCUCAUAGACAAACAUACACUUAACAAAGAGGCGUACAGGGCGCAUCUAAGGCAGUGGGUAGAGGGGCAUAAGGAAUGGGAAGACGCUGUAGAGAAGGCCAUUAAAGACUGUGUGGACAGAGACCUGAGGCAGUACCUAGAUUACCCUUGCAGGGCCUACGAUGUUUUUACUUGCACUGGCAUUGCUAUGUUAAAGAAAUGCCCAAAAGACGCAUGGAAGUGC